AUGGAUGGCCUCUUGACCGCUGUCAAGACUGUCAAGCGGGGCUCUGAUCCCCCCUUGGUACCCAUUGAAUCCCAGAGCCGCAAAGGUGCUCUCGUCAGGCCUUCUAUCGACCAAGACCAAGAUAUAUCUCUUCGUCAAAUCAUAGAUUCGCUCCAAUCCCACCCAGAUCAAAAUGAACUCUUGGCAGUCCUAGCAGCACUUGAUCCAUUAAAUGCCUCCAGGAGGGCAAAAGAUCUCGACAUUCGCGUCCCAGGCCCUUCAUCGGCUCAAAUUCUCCAGCUUUUAGUCAGCACCAGCAUCCCAAAUCAUUGGGCAUCAUUGAAUGCAAAGGAAAGCAGGACAAAGACAUCAAAAUGCCGAGCAGCUCUGCUUCGCUGUUUAAGCAGUGUAGCAGGGCUGGGUUCUCUUGUGGCCCAGAUCAGGUCACUCAUCGUGACUUCUCAAGCUAUGGGAUACCAGGCUGAAGGAUCAAGCAGCCAUCUUGUCAUUCGAGAUCUGCUUUCUGUUCUCGCUGCUUUGCUGGAACCAAGCGAUUUUAUCUCUCGAGUAUAUGGGGAUAUCAUCUUUUUGAAUGAGAACCAAACUAAGCAACAAGUUGCGUGGAGAGAAUUCGUGUCUCUGAUUGCCGGCGGUAAAAUCCUGUCAACUGCAGCAGAAGCAAUCGCCAUUGCCAAUAUUUCCGACACUGUAUCUUCAUUCUCAUGGGUUGGAGAUGGUCCUCUUUUCACAUUGUGGCUGGGCAAAAACAUUACUCAUUUAAUAUUGAAGUCAAAUGCGAACAACAAAAAUGAUUGGGUAUCUGUCGCCUUCCUGACAGGGCGAGCGUUGAGCUUGGGAUACGCGGAUCAGUUGGCCCGAGAGCUCUAUUCAGGCCUGCUCUUCGACCAGUCGAGCAGCAAGCAAUUUGGCAUAUUGAUGGAGCAUCUGAGACAGUCAGAGCAACUCUCGCUUCUAGAAGCUAUAUUCCGCAACAUCCAAAGGCUUUAUUUCCCGCAUGACUUUUCUCCCACAUUCGGGCAGGAAGAAACAACGGGCAGUGUUGUUCCCGGCGUGGCGGCGUUGUGUUCAACCAUUCUCGGCGACGGUCCGCUUUUAAGGCAUCAGGUUACGGACUGGCUGUCAAAAGGCCAGGGAGGCUCAAUUCAGACUGUGGGGCUUCGUCGUGCGCUCAUCGCCACUUAUCAUGAUUCUACUGAUGCACUCAAGACAAUGCUCUCUCGCAGUCUUGAGCAAUUUGCCGAUAAAUUUUACAUCAAGCACGCUCCUGGGAUUACACAGAACGCCAAUGCACAGCUUAUUUUACUAGCCGCAGGCCAACUCAACCGGCAUAGUCCUCUUCAGGUCCAAGAUAUUGGGCGAUCUGGGACUUUUCUCAAUGCAGUAUCCAACCGACUUGCAGCAUCUUCAAAUAGGGCACGGCUUUUAGGCAUGAUCGUUGGAACUGGAAUAUCUGACCUCGUUGAAGAGCCUGGAAAGUCGAUGAAGUUUGACCUUGAAGAGAUGCAGAGUGAUGAGGCUCGCUGGUAUCUUACUCUUACCAAAUUAGUUGAUGAAGUUGGGCCGUUUGAAUCCAUCAAAGAAUUGCAGAACACCCAAGAAACAUCGUCACGGCAAUUUCACGAGUCUCACUCUAAUUUGAGGGAGAAGCCAACAGCAGCUUUCAAUCCACCACAGACAAGCAAAAUAGUUGCUAUCGAGGAGAUCAGUGAUAGCGGUGAAGAAACCGAAGAAGAUGAGGAUCUCAUCCCAUACGAAAAACCUGAUGACGAUGCAGAAGAUGAGGAUGAGGAUCCUACGCUGGUCCAGCGGAACAAACCAACACCGCCAGUGUACAUCCGUGACCUGAUCCAAUAUCUUCGUGACAAUGAGAAUGUUGAAUCUCAUCAGCUUGCAAUUUCAACCGGCCCAUCUCUGAUACGACGCAAGAUAGGGUUUGGAACCGAGCUUUCUGAACAGGUUGAAGAGCUAGCGCUUAUUCUCGUGAGCCUUCAAGAUGACAGCAACCAUCCUCAAUUCCAUGAACUCCGUCUUCAGAGUAUGAUAGCUCUGAUAGUCUCACAGCCUCUGAAAAUGGGUCGGUGGUUCACUGCUAUAUUCUUUGAUGGUGAUCUUUCCCAGGUUCAACGUUCUGCGGUGCUCACAGCCCUAGGUUUGAGUGCACGCGAGAUCGCGGGCAAUGGCGAGGAGGAUUCCAAGGCACUAGGCCUCGCAAGUCUGGGUGAUACUUCUUUCCCAUCUAAGCGGCUGUCCCCUGCCUUGGAGGCCAUCUUCAUGGGUGCGAAUGAAUCUCCUAUUGCGACACUUACCAGAGAAAUGUCGCGCACUUCACUACAGCCCCUGGCGGCCAAUGCUGCCGACCAAAUAGCUGGUCCAAACGUUCUCAAAAUGCGCACUUUUUCAUCUCGCAUGGAAGUGGAGAAGAAAAGACAGGCACGUGAAGCCGAUAGAAAGAAAAAUAUCGUAAAAGAUGUCUACAAGGUGCUUGCGGAGGGAUUCUUCUACCCUCUCCAAGGCCGAUUUGAGAUUAUGAUGAUACAGUUUUCCACGUCCUCCGCGCCAUCUUAUAAUCCGUUCUUCGUUCCGCACAUUCUCACCCUCUUUCUCCAGACCCUUUCUCUAAUCCUCUCUACGGCAGGCCCCCAUUCACCUUUCCUGGCGGGUUUCACUCAUGAAACUUUAUCACUUCUUCUAUCUCUACACACAGCUCCAAUUUCUAGCGAGACAACGGUUACGGCUGCGUUGCUGAAUCUCUUCUUGGCAGUAGUGGAUGUGAACAUUGCAUUUGGGACAAGUGGCGAGGAGCGCCUGGUCACUGAGUAUGCAACCCAAGUAAUGGAGCUACGUGAAUGGGCAUCUAGUGUAUUUGAUCGCCUACCAUCUGGCGGUAAAGUAGCCGCUACUGGUCCCUCUGCAGAUCCACAAGAGCAGGUGCGAACUUUGGCAGCUGGGGUCAUGGUUCGACUUGGUGAAGUUAUUGAACGGUAUCAGGGCCGAUUGAUGGGCGUCAACACAGGAUUCAAGUACUGA